AUGCGUUCUCUUUUCCUGGUUCUUCUCUCCCUGUGCGCUAGCCUUGUGGCUAGCGCCGCUGUGGCCCCUCUUCAAGAGCGUGCCGACAUUCUCUCGCCUGAGAACGAUCCUUUCUACAAGGCCCCCCAAGGCUGGAAGGACGAGAAGCCCGGCGCGAUCCUGCGUUCGCGCAAGAUUGAAGCUGCCCUCUUUACUGUCGACAAGAUCAACGUUGAGGCUGCCUACCAGAUCCUCUACCGUACCACAGGAACCUACGAGUCCGAUCCCGCUGUUACCGUCACCACUGUCCUUGUCCCCUACAACGCGAAGCGCGACAAGCUUAUCACCCACCUCACCUAUGUCGAUGCUGAUGGCACGAAGUGCUCGCUGAGUUACGCGAUCCGCAAGGGCUCUGAGCUGCCCGGUGACCUUGCCCUGCAGUUCCAGACGCUGUUGCUGGAGCAGGCUCUUGAGGCUGGCUACAUCAUGACGCUCCCCGACUACCAGGGCAUGAACCGUGCGUUUGGUGCUGGCCGUCUUGAGGGUCGCCAGACGCUGGACUCGAUCCGUGCCACCCUUGCCUUUGACAAGCUCAACCUGAAGAAGAAGUCGCCUGUCGUCGUCUCAGGCUACUCGGGCGGUGCCAUUGCCUCGGGCUGGACUGCGCAGCUUGCUUCGACCUACGCUCCGGAGAUCAACACGGUGGGCUUCGCCAUGGGUGGAACCCCCGCCAACAUGACCGGUACCAUGGUCAAUCUGGACGGUGGCCUGUUCUCGGCGUUUGCCGUCGCUGGUGUUGCCGGUCUUGCGUACGCGUACGAUGAUAUUCUGGAGUGGCUUAGCCCUCGUUUAACGGCCAAGGGCCGCCGCGCAAUGGAGUUUACGCGCAACCAGUGCCUGGUCCCCACGCUGCUGCGCUACCCCCUCUCGAAGAUCCUGAGCGACGACUUUAUUAAUGGUGGCGCCAACUUGCUACACGUCCCUGUGGUUCGCAAUGUUCUGAACACGCUUGUCAUGGGCACGAACAAGAAGGAGACGCCGAACGCGCCCGUCUUCAUGUACCACAGCAAGAACGACGAGGUGAUUCCCUACGACGAUGCGAUCAAGGCUGGCCGCGGCUGGGCUUCACACGGUGCUGAUGUCACCUUUGAGACGAACACCAACCCGAUCUUGGAGCACAUGACUACGGAGUUUGUCAACCUGCCCAACCUCUUCUUCUAUGAGGACCGCUUCGCGAACAAGCCGUUCCCUAAGGGUUUCCACCACACGACCAUUGACAGCCCCCUGAACGAGCCCCGCACCCAGCAGCAGGGCCUCAAGCACAUUGUGGACGUCAUCCAGAACAUUCUUGGUGACAAGCUUGGCCCCGCCGAUGCCAAGUUCAAGGCUUACAUCCGCAAGCACGCGCAGAAGUAA